AUGACGGGCAAGAAUCGAUAUGAUUGCGGAAAUAUUCUUUCUAUUGAUGUGAUAUCUGAUGGUGAGUUGGAUGGAAAUAACAAAGUGCGGGCAUAUCAUUCCAGCUGGAGAACUGAUGAGCUCCAGACGUUUAUUAGUACUAUUGAUGAACUUACUGUUAUCCAUUUGAAGAAAAUUUCAGAAAGCUUGAAAAAGUACAUCCCUUAUGAGAAAGAAGUGAGCAUUUCCGAGAAUUUGGCAGUCACUUUACCAGAUUGGUGCUUUUCAAAAUAA